GACUAUAUUGCAUAAAUCUGAAAGCAAAAUGUCAUACUAUCUUGGUGCCGAAAAUGUUCCAGAAGGAGAACGUAUAUAUGUUCGAGAGAAUGGUCAGCUCUUUAUGAUAAAUCAAGCUUCAGGAAAAGGAAUUAGUUAUAGUCCAAAUUCAAGGCCUUCAAGAUUGUUCUCCAAAGAAUUCUCUGUUGAGCUUUGUGUCAACAAGGAAAAUGACAAUGGAAGGACAGAUCACUUUAUCUUUACUUACACAAAGGAGGGAAGUCUUCGUUAUUCUGCUAAGUCUCUUUUCAGCCUGGUUCUGAGCUAUAUUGCUGACAAUAUUAAUUAUGUUGAUUCACUGAAUGACUUUCCAGAACAGAUAGCAGAAAAGCUUUUCUAUGCUGCAGAUGCUAGGCAGAAAUUCAUGGAAUCAAAAACAGGGCUGUAUGCUUUGCAGACGUUCACUAAUGCUUAUGGAUGCUUAGUGCUUCAGAAACUAUGCUUGAGAAAUGGUUCUCUAAUUAUCUCUGAAAAACUUGAAGAAAUUAAAUCUUUCCGAGGUCUGACACAUUUGGAUUUGUCCUGUUGUAAACUUGGUGAUGACCAUGAGCUGCUAGAGCAUGUCACCAAUGAAAGUCUGUCCAGUUUAACUCAUCUUCUCCUGAAAGAUAACUGCUUAUCAGAUAUUGGGCUUCGCAAAAUGACGGCACGAGUUCGAGUGAUGAAAAGAGGCCUUGAAAAUCUCUCAGUAUUAGAUUUGUCCGAUAAUCCAGGAAUCACAAAUAAAGGAGUUCGGUAUCUGUGUCCUUUCAAGAAGUUGAACUAUUUGGAUCUCUCUGGGACGGGCCUCAGGGACACAAAAGAAAUAAUUGAUCAAAUCCAGACACUAACAGACCUAGUCCGUUCGAAGAUCCCUUUAAAAGAAUUUGAUCAUAGCAGCUGCAAAACAGAAGGAUGGGCAGAGCAGGUUAUCUUGCAGUGGAAACAUGUCGUCCUAGAAGUAGUUAACCCAAAAGAAAGUAUAAAAUCUAGACUAGCAGCUCAACAUUUCUAUGGAAAAAGACCCAGAGCAGAAGGAUCUCCAGAAUCACUGUUAGGAGAAAAGCAAAGAGAACAUUAUGAGAACUUGCAGUUCUACAAAGAACGAACAGAGAUAUCAGAUAAUCCUUUACCACAAAGAGACACGGAAAUGAUGGAAGAAUUACCAAAGAGAAGGAGAACUGCAACUGAGCAGAAAAAACAGCAUCUUCAAUCAGAACUCUUUAGCUUUUCACAGACAGAAUGGGACCUGCUAAACUCUUAUUGAAUAAAGUAAACAUUUUUGACUAAU